AACCAACCAACCAACCAACGACAUCACCACACUCACCACCAAUUUCCAAAAUGCCCCCCAAAGCAGCCAAAGGCGAAUACAUAGAAACCGACACCGGCAACAAAAUCUCCCGUCGCUCCCUUAUCCACGGCACGCAGCAUAUCAUCCUCGGCGGCAAAACCGUCAUCCAAGCUGAAGCCGUGAUCCGCGGCGACCUCUACCGUUCCCCAACCACCGCCGCCGCCGCCGCCGCCGCAGCGGACGCUCAGCAGCAGCAAAGCCAAAGCCAGCCGUCCAACCAACCCUCCGUGGCGAUAACUAUCGGGCGAUACAGCUAUGUAUCGCGGCAGGCGGUGCUGCGGCCUCCCUCGCGGAUCCACCGGGGAAUGGUGAUCUUCUACCCGCUGAAAAUCGGCGACCAUGUCUUUGUUGGGGAGCGCAGUGUGGUUGAGGCCGCGCAGGUCGGGAACCAUGUGCAUAUCGGGCGGGAUGUGGUGGUGGGGGCCAUGGCGAUUCUCAAGGAUUUCGCGUAUGUGCUUGAUGGCGCGGUGGUGGCGCCUGGGACGGUCGUGCCGAGUUGGUGUGUUGUUGGCGGGGCGCCGGCUAGGAUUGUUAUACCCCCUUUUCGUUCUUAGAUAGGAUUUUUAUUGGUUGUUGUAUUAUAUAUGUAUUGUAGGUAGGUAGGUAGCUGUAACUAGGCUUAGCCCAUCUUGCUUACUUCUACUGCCCGCUUGAGUCGACUCUCCCCAGCUGCGUAUGGUGUGCCUGCUUCCUCACGCGCCAUAUCGUUGAUCCAGCGCUCGCUUGGCUUGAGCUUCUCGCCUUUGGACAGCUUGGAGGCAAUAUAAAGCCAGUUCAGCGCGUUACCGACUGUACUAACCUCAUCACAGACAUGAUCCAGAGCAAAUUUGUGCAUGCGAUGCCAUAACUCAUCAUCAGUACACAGAUCGAAGAGAUGCCUCGCUACAGCGUCCGUGUCUCCAACAUCAACCAGGAAGCCGUUCUUUUUGUCGAUAACCUGUAGUGGAAUCCCACCUGCUCGAGUUGCAAUUACUGGUCUGCCCUUGUGGAUCGCUUCAGACACUUUCACUUCAAAUCCCUCGCGAGUAGAAAGCUGCAG